UCCACCGCCAACCACACGCCAGAUCAGUCUGCCUCAGCUUUCUCCGACAGCUCCAGCUACUCGACCACCAUCACUCCCGCCUCUCAGUUCUUGUAUUUGGAAUCCCCAUACUGCCGCAACCAUGGACCAGAUCAAGAAGCGUAUGGCCGCAUUGCGCAUUGAGGCCGACGAGUCCGCCGCCAAAGCCGAAGAGCUGUCCGCAAAGGUCAAGACCCUUGAGCAAGAAAACCUGCAGAAGGAGCAAGAAAUCACCUCUUUACAACAUAAGAACUCUAUGCUCGAGCAGGAAGUUGAGAAGCUCGAGAAACUCCACGGUGACGCCAAGGCAGCAGCAGACGAUAGCGCACAGCAUGGAACACAGAACGAGGCUUUGACGAGGAAGCUGCAAUUGCUCGAAGAAGAGGCCGAGGAGAACGACAAGCAGCUGCGCGAGACAAAUGAGAAACUUCGCCAAACUGAUGUCAAGGCCGGCCACUACGAGCGUAAAGUCCAAGCCCUCGAAGCCGCGCGCGACCAAUGGGAGACCAAGUACGAGGAGAUGGCCAAGAAAUAUGCCGACACCAAGAAGGAGCUUGAUGACUUUGUCGCCGAGAUUGGUAACAUCUAAGCACAUACACAACACCAAUCACAGACACCUUUCGACGGCAGACAAGUGAUGGCUAAUGCGACAAAGCCGAUGUGGUAUUUGUAGGGCCAGAGUACACCAACUUCUCAAGACCGGUGCUGGUGAAGCAGGCGAGCAGAUAUCCUCCGUGCUGAGGGGAGUGCGGGGACUAUUGAGGAGACAUCUUGUCCUUUUACCUUCCUUUUUGCCUCUCGAUAGAUGAUGGCUCGGAGAUGGGAAUGUUCAGAGCUCGAGUUGAGAGCUGUUCGAGCUGAAUGCAGAAUGCCCACUGAAUCACAAUCCAUUACCCUUAACUAC